AUGCAAUUAUCACUCAAAUUCAUUUCGGUUGUAUUGGCACUGGUUACGGCUGCUUUAGAUGCACCUGUUGACUUAGGAGCACGGCCCAUGUUUAUGCCGGGCCCGAUUGUGCCUGAUGAGUCGUACACGGGCUACAACCCAUUCAAGGCGGCGGUGACGACGACUGGAUCUGAUAACUAA